CAGGGCUGAUGUCGGGCGGCUCUGAUCAGGAAGAAGUUGUUACACAUGAAAUCACCGGAGUGACCGGACACUGGAAAUAUCAGCCUGAGUCACAAGUUGAAGCAAGAUCUUGACCGUUGUCCAUCAGUCCCGGGAAGACUGACAGCAGAGGAGUGCGGGAGAGAAGCGUGUUUCGAAGUGCCAUUAUGCCAUGGCAUCUCUGGGCGCCUCCUUUGUGCAAAUCAAAUUCGAUGACAUCCUCUUCUACGAGAACUGCGGCGGCGGGAGUUUCGGGAGCGUGUAUCGCGCCCGCUGGCUCUCGCAGGACAAAGAGGUGGCGGUGAAAAAGCUUCUGAAGAUUGAAAAAGAGGCAGAGAUUUUAAGUGUUCUCAGUCAUCGAAACAUCAUCCAGUUUUAUGGAGCGGUUCUAGAAGCGCCCAACUAUGGAAUUGUUACAGAGUAUGCCAGCGGUGGAUCUCUCUUUGACUAUCUGUCCAGUGCCGAGAGUGAAGACAUCAGUAUGAAGCAGAUUAUGACCUGGGCAAUGGACAUUGCUAAAGGCAUGCAUUAUCUGCACGCUGAGGCCCCGUUUACAGUCAUUCACAGAGACCUCAAGUCCCGAAAUGUUGUGUUGACGGCAGAUGCAGUACCCAAGAUCUGUGAUUUCGGGGCGUCUAAGUUUCAUUCUCACACCACCCACAUGUCUCUGGUGGGCACGUUUCCCUGGAUGGCCCCUGAAGUCAUCCAGAGCCUUCCUGUGUCUGAGACCUGCGACGCGUACUCGUACGGGGUGGUCCUCUGGGAGAUGUUGACUCGUGAAGUUCCCUUCAAAGGUCUGGAGGGGUUGCAGGUGGCCUGGCUGGUGGUGGAGAAGAGCGAGAGGCUGACGAUUCCCAGUAGCUGCCCUGCCAGUUUCGCCUGUCUGAUGAGAAGCUGCUGGGUGACAGAACCGAAAGACAGGCCGCUGUUCAAACACAUCCUGUCCACGCUGGAGUCCAUGUGGAACGACAGUCACUUACCUGAUGAGUGCAACACUUUCCUGCACAAUAAAGCAGAGUGGAGGUGUGAGAUCGAGGCGACUCUAGAGCGUCUGAAGCGGCUGGAGAGAGAUCUGAGCACCAAAGAACAAGUGCUGAAAGAAAGAGAGAGACGGUUAAAGAUGUGGGAGAGAAAGCUCAUCGAGCAGUCCAACACACCGCUUCUCCCAAACCUGGCCAUCCACUCCUGGACAGAAGAACAUGUGCAAUUCUGGAUGGAGCAGAUUUUUCAAGGUGAUGGAGAGCUGCAGCAGUACGCCGACAUCUUCAAGCAGAAUCACAUCACAGGACAGAGGCUGCUUCUGCUGUCCGAGACGGACAUGAGAGAUCUGGGUGUGACAUCUAAAGGACACAUCAUACAUCUGAAGACUGAAAUUGAGAAACUUACCCACGACUACCUGAACCUGUUCCACUUUCCGCCGUUGAUAAAGGACUGCAAAUGGAAAAUGUACAUGGAGCUUGAUGGGGAUGAGGUGGCAAUAGCAUAUAUCAAAGAUGUGACCUUCAAUGCCAACAGACCAGAUGUAGAUAUAUUAAAGAUGACCAAGCCUCCGUUUGUGAUGGAUAAAUGGAUCGUCGGAAUAUCUGGCACACAAACCGUUGACUGCACAGUAAACUAUGAGAGUAACGUGAGAUCUCCUAAGUGCACGAGACAUGAGCACAGAGUGCAGUGGAGACCAGGCAGCGGGAGGGACGUGAUCAGACCUGUAGAGCUGGCCAUUGAGACGGCGCCAAACAUCAGGGAAGGUUACAACAGAAGCAGGUCCAACUCAGGCGUUAAUCCCAGAUGGAUUCACAGUCUGAGGAUGAAGCAGAUUAGAGAGCAUGCUGCCCCGGAGUCCACAGGCAAGAUGACCCUCCCUCAGUUCCUCUCCGUCAUCGGGAGCCAGUCAUCGUACGCCGCUGCUGUGAGGAGAUCGCCCAAUCGCAGCCCUCUCACUCCAUGGACAGACUCCCGGAGUUCCUCUCCCACCCUUUCUGUCAAACUCUCCACUAUCCAUCUGGGGUCAAAGGGCAGCAGCCCAUCCAGCACGACAUCUGAGAGCACCUCAGAGCGAGAGCGGCCCCCUAGUGCUGGAGCUAAACACAACUACAACAGAAAAACAUACUAUGACCACACGUUUAAAAUCACUGGAGGAGGAAGAGGAGAAGCAGAAGCCAGAAGAUUUAAUCAGAUAUCACAGAGAGGAUCCAGAGGCAUCCAACAUGCUGGACGGCAACGAAACUACAACUUUUGCAUAACGCCAUCUAACCACCAACGCCCAAUACCAGGGAUGUCAGUUGUCACUGAGGGGGUGAAGCAGAAAGGGGCAUCUGAAGAGGCCGGGUCUGGUGAUGGGGACUGGAUCAAAGUAGAAAGAAAGAAAUCUAAUAAACAGGAACAUAAGCAUCAGGAAGUGAGGCAGACCAGAGGCCGGCCACGCAGAGGAGGGAGAGGUGGUGGGCGUGGCCGAAGUUGAGCGUUUGUAAAGCGUUAGGCUGAUAGAAGGGGUUGGUAAUGAAUCACGUUUGAUCUACUGUAAGGGCUGGAGAGCUGGUUUGUAACCAAAGCACUUAACCCCAGUUGUUCUUAGGGGAUUGUUGGUGUACUGUAAGCAGUGGCGCAAAAAGGGGGUAUGCCGUAUAUGCAGUGCAUAGGGGCGCCGCACGGAGAGGCCAAAAUCAUUCUGUGAAAAUCUUCUUUAAUAAAAUGUUAUAAAUAAUC